GCAGACAAUAAUAUUCUACUCGUCAUUCGAACGCUUUCAUGUCGUCAACGUCAACAAAAGAAAUCCCAAAGAAUCUGUCGUUAAGUACAAGUACCCUGCAGUUUGGAAUUGAUUCAUUCCAAAUAUUUAAGUUUACGGCAAAUAAGGAGCACAAAUAUCUGAGGGUGAAGCAAAAUCGUGUUGGUUUACAUGACUUAUUAACAGAAAUAUAUGGUAACGAUUUUAUAUUUUGCUCUAUCGUCAUCGGCCGCGUUCGUGUUCUAAUUCAAUUUCCAAUUGCCAGACGAUACUGUUCCCAUGGAUUAUGGAUAUGGUAUUAAUAUGCUUACGUGUUUCGUAUCCCGUUGUUACCUGUUGCUUUUGAAGCACCCACAGUAUUGAGGGUUUCGCCGCGGGUCAAGUCUUCCAUCAAUAUUGUUUCAGACGUGAUGAAUUGUAAUGAUAACUACCUACUAAAGAUUCGUAAGCUUUUGAUAUAUCUGGAAAACUGACGCACUUGGUUCACUACUGACGAAUUUAGUAUUCAAAUCGUCACACAAUGCGGUCGUUGCCGCCGAUUUAUAUACCAACAGGUUGUAGUGUGUCAGAGGAUGUACCAGACAGCUCAAAUGGUGACUCUACAGACGACGAUGAUUCUUUAGACUGUUAUUCAUUGCCAACGUCUCCAGUGCGAAAGAACAGUUUUCAAGAGAAAGUAUUAUUUGGGAAUAACACCAAGCAUGUGGAUCCACAAGAAAACAUAAUUGUAUUUUCUCUUUCAACCGGAGGAAUAUUUAUUUUUAAAGAGAUAAUUCAGGAGUGCACAGUGGAGUUUGCCAGAAAAAGGUUGGAGUUAGAGCUUGGCCUGCCAUCUGACGCCUUUCAAUUGACGUCGAACGACGGCAAGUGCCUCGAUGAGACUCGUGGAUCUUCUUCGCUUCGAUUGGUAGAUUGUGCACCGAAAUCUGUUAAUUUUCAAAUUGAGAUUUUCCCAAAUUUAGAAAAGACAUGUCGGUUAGCUUUAGAAGGGAACGUAAACGAUAUCCUUUUGUCUGGAACGUUAGACAUUCUUGGCACACCGUUCCUCAAGAGUCUCUCCUGCGCAGACGUCAUUAGUGUGGCUAUACAGAGAGCUUUCUUGAUGAUGUACCUGGCAGCAAAUCGUGGUCAUUUUAAAAUUGUCGACACAAUCCUAAAGAAAAAUAUUGAUCCCAACAUGUGCACUCCGUUUGGUCGGACGCCGCUUCAUGUUGCAUCUUUUCAUGGUCGACUUGACGUUGUGGAACUUCUCUUGUCAUAUGGGGCUGAUGUGUUCCAUCGAGAUAAUGACGGCAAAACACCCCAAGAAGUCUCUACAAGCAGAGGUUAUACACAAUGCAUACGCCGACUGUGGCUGCAUCGCUGGAACCUCCGACCACCACUAAUGGUGCCGUGUCAGCAGAACGAACUUUGGUCAAACCCUUCCAGUCCUGGGCAUCGUCAUCUUCGCAAGACUACGUCAUCAAAAAAUGCAACUUUUGGAAAUAGUUUCGUAUCAAUGGCGAGUGACGUUGUUAGGUUAUGGCCCAUGGAAAAUGGUGGUCAUCGGCUUCAUUCCCCGAGGGAGAAGUAUCCCCCCUUUCAGAAGAUAUCUCAGCCACCGUUUCCACCAUGGCGUAAUUCCAAAACGCGGUCCAAAUGGAACUCUUAUAAGCUCUUGUGUGUUAGUCACCAUGCUGCCAAUCAUGACUCACGGUGUAAAAACACUACGACUGACACCAAACAUGAAUUCAAACGCGGGACUGUUUCAAUAUGUAGUGUUGUUAAUCUCAAUUCACCAUACACAUUGGCCGAAAUUGUACCAAGACGAAAUUACGAAUCCGAUUCCCUAAGUGAUACUGCAACGAAAGAAGAACCCACAAAAAAUUCCCAAAUUAAUCAACAGAAAUUAAUGAGGAAACUAAGGAACGUUCAUAGACCAGUGAUGACAAGAGACGGAAUCCAAACGAAAACUCCUCCAGACUUCCAGAUGUGGCUACAGAAAAAGAACACAAAAGCAAAAGAAGAAGAGGUUGUAGAACUUGGAAGAAAUGAGAAAACAUUAAAGCAACAGCAUGAACGCAAAAAACUGAGUGAGAGAGCCUACAAAGACUGGCUUAGUAAUAAACGUCGACUCGUAAAACCGAAAAGUGAGACUGAGAUAUGAGUCGAAUAUUUUUGAUUUAUACAUCACUAAUGAGUGCUUGAAUAAACAAAUGGUGCACACCACUAUUUAGUGUGUGCGACUGUUUGAAAUGUGAAUACCGAACUGAAAAUCUGAGAAUCUGAACUUUUUAAAUGAAAUAAUAUAAUACAGAUAAACUCUAAACUAUAAACUAUAUAGCUUUAAUCAUCAUAUUUACCUAUUUUUAUAUAUUUAUAUUUAGGCUUAUAUAUAGGUCUGUGUAUAGGUUUAUAUAUAUAGGCCUAUCUGUUACUGAGAAAGUGUUACCGAUAGUUUCAUGUGUAUUAUUAUACCGUUUGA